UUUUUUUCCUUAUUUAAUGUCCCUUUAAUUAAAAGUUAGAAGCCUGUCUGGGUAAAGGGUAAAUGUGGUGAAGUCCACGGCCGCACGGUGGCGCUGUAGCGCAGCCGGUCACAGCACAUCCUCCGCCUGAACUUUCCUCCUGGCUCAGUAACCUGACACCGGCUCUAACCCGGGAACAGAGGAUGGAUUCCCCGCUUCACUUCGGCACAGAAAAGCACAGUUGAGCAAGAGGAGAGCCAGUAAGUAGCUGUGAGCGCGGACAGGCUCGUUUUCAGCUCGUUUUCAGGUUCUGUGUUUAUAAAUGCGCUACACAAAGUUUGUGGCUAAAGCUGCGGAUGGGUGACGACCACUCUCAGCGCUUCCAUGCAAGGAGACGAUGAAGAAUCACAGCGGCAGCCCCAGACUAAACCACCAUCAGCCUGCGAAUCACAGCAGAGAGCGGAACGGGAGAAGGGGAGAUGGGCUGUGGGCCCUGUGGCUGCGCUUGUCACUGCGUGAUUAUGGCUUCUGCAUGGCCGCACUGCUGCUCUUCAGCCUCGGCUCGCUCUGUUACCAGCUCAACGGCGGACCUCCGAGGCUCCUGCUCGACAUGCGCCACUAUCUGGGAGAAUCCACAUAUCAGGAUGAUCACGGUCCCCCUGUCCCAAAGGUGCUGCCAUUCCCCAGUCAGGUGAUCUAUAAUCGAGUAGGGAAGUGUGGCAGUCGGACUGUGGUGCUGCUCCUCAGGAUUCUGGCUGAGAAACACCAGUUUAACCUGGUUUCCUCUGACAUCCACAACAAAACCAGGCUCACCAAGCACGAGCAGGUGGAUCUGAUGAAAAACAUCAGCACAAUCCCACAGCCCUUCCUGUACACGAGGCAUGUUCACUUCCUCAACUUCACCAGGUUCAGGAUGGAGCAGCCCGUCUACAUUAACAUCAUCAGAGACCCCAUUAACCGCUUCCUCUCCAACUACUUUUUCCGCCGGUUUGGAGACUGGAGGGGCGAGCAGAAUCACUUGAUCCGUACGCCUCGGAUGAAGGACGACGAGAGAUACCUGGACAUUAACGUGUGUAUCCUGGAGAACUUCCCCGAGUGCUCAAAUCCUCGCCUUUUCUACAUUGUGCCGUAUUUCUGUGGUCAGCACCCUCAGUGCAGGGAGCCGGGUGAGUGGGCACUAGAGAGGGCCAAACAGAACGCCGUGGAGAACUUCCUCCUAGUGGGGAUUUUGGAGGAGCUGGAGGAUGUGCUGCUCCUGCUUGAGAGACUGCUACCUCACUACUUCAGCGAUGUGCUGACCAUCUACCACAGCCCAGCUUUUUGGAAGGUGGGUAACCUAACAGGCACAGUGAAGAAGCACAUGCCCACGCUGGAGGCCUUGCAGGUGCUGUACCGCCGCAUGAGGUACGAGUACGACUUCUACAACUUCGUCCGCGACCAGUUCCACCUGGUCAAGAAGAAAAUUGGCCUCAAGUCGACACAUCCGACGUCGGCGCGAGAGCCUGACUUUCUGCGGGAGCUGGCUCUACGAACCAACGACCCACUGGACGAGGACGACGAAGAUGAGGAGGACGAUACUGCCCUGGAAGAUGCCAACAACUGGUUGGUGCAGCCUUGAAUGUCGGCACAGAGAUUUGAUAACUUCCAGGAUUCAAGAGGAGAUAGCAUUCCCAAGAGCACUUUGUGUGUGUGUGUGAGUGUGUGUGCGCGUGUGUAGAUGAUCACGUGAUACCCGUAUUUUUAACGGGGUCGUUAAAAAUCCACCAGGACAGCUAAAGUGCAUGGAUGGGCCUAAUUUAAUAUAUUCAAAAAUACAAGACAAAAGACAAUGUACAAAUGAAUUUAUCUUUUGUCUUUUUUUGUAUUAAGAAUGCUUUUUGCUUUGUUUAAAAAAAUGAAAAAGGACUCAAAAAAAGUUUCAGUCAUUUGUUCAGUCAUUUGGUUUAAGAUUUGGGGAGAGAAUAAAUGAAAGAAUAUUUACAAUCAUUAUCAUGGUGGAGGAAAUGGACAGAGAGAUGAAAAGAUCUGUGUUUGAUUUCAGAUCCACACCAUCCCUAAACCAAACACACCUUACACUGCACACGCAGAGCCCUACAUUCCUCUCUACAUGAGGACAAUGCAAAAAAACCAAUCAAUUUGUUAAGCAACUGUUGCUCUUUUUUUCCCCGUAUUUAUGUCCACACCUCAAGUGUGAGUUAAGUCCAUGAUAAAGUGUGUGUGCUAUCUUGGGAGUUUGGGAGUUUGGGGGUGGAGGAGUAGCAGAGCACUACUUAGGAUCAGUUUUAUGUAUGAAGCUCAUAUACAAUACUCUCAAUUUUAGGGCGCACAAGUUGUACCUCAGGAAACCUUUUUUUUUUAGUGCCUUUAUUACAAAUUCCUAAUAAAUGUAAAAAAUGGACAAAUCAUGCCAUGGUAUUGCCAUGAGGAGAUGUUUUGAAAAAGCCUAAAACUACAACACUAAAUGCAAUAAUGCAAUAACCAACAGACAUCUGAUAUUUUUUUAUUAUUUACCAGGACUGUUAACCAUCAGUAAACAGAAAUAGCCCAGACUUUGACCGACGAUGCCAACUCAGACCAAAGCAGUGCCUUCUGUACACUCAGGAUGUAUGCAAUGUGCGAAAAAGCAAACACGUAAUCAUUCGAUAAUAUAAGCAACCAAAUGACAUCAUAUAUCAUGUAUUGUAUUGGAAAUCAGCCAAUCGUACUUCAUAAUCAGAAAUUACACUUUUGAUAGAAAACACGUGAAGAAUAAAAUAGAAGGUGGUGUGAUGUGAAACAGAGGACUGUUACCACUCCGAGGUUUUUCACAAGAUCCAGCGAUCAUUUUUUUUAUUUAUUAAAAAACAAUGUCAUACUUUGUUUUUUAGCAUUUAGAGUUAUAUUUAAUGUGGAAUGUCCAUAAAACAAGUUAAUACCUGCUAUCAUUUACAUCAUAACAGCUAAGAGCAGUCAAAGCAGAAAGUCCUGAAGAUGGAAAACUUUAAAGUUACAGCUUUACAAAGCACUGACACUGGAGACUCCUUAAAAAAUGCUAAAUACACGUCUCCUAACAGAAAACAUCACCAUGUUGUUUGUUUUCUUUGGAGUGCCGUAGAAGUCCCUGUGGAAGCUGUUUAGUUGUUACUAUAGAAACGAUAACUAUAGUUACUAUAGAAAGGAUAUUAGAAUGAGCGCAUUAAUAUAAACCUGUGAUGUGCCUUGCAGCACUACUCUCAGAGCUGCUGUUAUAGAAAAUUAAUCAACACCUUCUGACCAAUCAGAAUAGAGAACUCAAUAGGACAGUAGUGAAAUGGCAUUUAUUCUACAGAAGCCUAAGUAGAAGAAGUUGUGGGCUAAAGUGGAAGUCUUGUGGGCUAUUAUUUUCACAAAUUGGCUAAUAUUACAGUUCAGCUACUGUCUAGUAAUGCAUGAUUUAUACAAAUACUUUAAAUGCAAGCAGUAAUAGCAAUACUUUCGUGGGUAACAAGAAUUUAUUAUAAAUUUGAUAAUAUUAUAGAAGCUGCAGUGCCGAAUGUUUGUUCUAAGCUUAAUUUUCUAAGCAAUCACUUCAAGACAUUAAAGACAAUGCAGUUUGCCGUUUAGACUGAGUAUGAGGCAAUAAAGUCUGUCUGCUGAUCGCGGACCAGAGAAGGCGGGGUCUUCGAGUGCACAUACGGAAAUGUGGGUGUGUCAUGAUUCCAUAUAUAGCUAUAUAUAGCUAACCUGACCGAAAUUCUGCUAACAUUAUCCAGCUAGCUGACAUGAGCUAAGCCCGGAUUUGUAUUUGAACUCAUAUUCAUGCGUAUAAUCGUCACCGUUAAUGCCAGCUAGAUGGCUAACAUAAGCUAACUUGACAGAAUGUUUCAGAAAAACAGGUUGUGAUAAAACUGUUCAGAAACAUUUGUUCAGUCCAUAUAUGGGCUUAAAGAUGUUCCCAUGUGUAACGUUAUCACAUUAAGCUCGUUUGAUGUAUUCCGUUCAGCUUGACCUUGUCGACUUCCCCUCAUCACUCGUUAGUGUCUAUCACACAGGUGGCAUAUAGGGAGGAGCGUGAGCAGGAAUUUCAAGCUUAAUUGCAGGUCAUUUGUACAAUCAUUUUGUUUUUCCUUUGGAACUUUCAUUAUGCCAGUGCACACAGUCAUGUAAGUCAUGAUUUGCUAAUUAGAUAACAAGCUAAUUUAGGCUGCUGACUAGACACAUGUCCUAGCUUGAAGAUAGCAGAUUCAUUGUUGCACCUGUUUCUGUUCUUAAACAGCUUUAUCCUUUAUGAUUUGCUGUUUUAGGGAAGGAAAUUGCAUCGUGACAAAAUGCCUCGUGAAGAAAAUUCUGUUCCUGAAAUCUGAGUGGUGUUGACUUGAUCCCUCUGGCCUGCAAGGGCUUCAUUUGAGUACCUGGAACUGGCCCUUUAAAAUGGGACUCAGUUGCAGGGGAAGUCGACAACGCAGCAUUGGAACACAGCCUAAGUGUAGUGCGUUUAUACACUUUCCACAAGGAGUGUUUUCUAAAAGCACCCCAAAAAUUACAAAAGGACACUACGUCUUAAAGAAAAAUAUCCUAACAUUUUCAAAAGAAUUUGCCCAACACUUACAGUAUGAUAUUCGAUGAUCCUAAUCCUGCCAGUCAGGUAUUAAUGUGUAUGUAUUGUAUGUAGUAUUAAAGUGUAUUAUGGAUUAAUUUAUUCUACAGUAUUAAUUGUGUAAAUGCAUUCUAUAUACAAUUCUCAGGAAAACAGAGUGGAAUUCCAUUUGGCAUUUAAUAGCUGGCAAAAACCGAGGAUUUGUAAUCAACAUCUGAUCCGUUAAAAGACUGAGCAGCUAAAUUCACCACUCUUCGAAAUGUCAAAAUGGUAAUGUAAAUGUAUAAAAUCUAUUUUCUGGCACAGCUUCCAAAAUAAAAUGUCUUUUUAAGAAAUACUGCUGACUUUCUUUUCCAUGAUGUACAACCCCAAGUAUUAAGUUAUGAGGAAGUGUGUAUUGCCUUUGUUGAACAUAGCUGAGAGCUGCUCUGUGUUUCAGUCUGAUUUUUUUUUUAAGAGGUCUUGCAUUCAUCAUUUCCCCUUGUGGGAAACAAAAUUCUUUGGCUCGAGGCUGAAUCUCUGUUGUCUGGAGGAAUCGAGUCAACAUGACUGCAGACUUCAGACGCAAACCCUGGAAGGAAUGUACUUUUGGAGUUAUAUAUAUUAUUGUGUUGUAUGGAAUUAUACUCUGAAGUCAUUUCAUUUUGAAUAGAGCAAAUAUGGCAGCUGAAGCUAUGCUGUUUAUAAAACUAUAAAUACAUUUCAUACUAGUCAAGCAGCCAUUUGCGGCGUGUCGGCAGUACUCACUUCUGAGGUGUGAGGGGAAGUCGAAGACUGAAUGAAUGGCAGAUUUCUCCAUAGAAAUGCACUUGCUUUUAGCAGCAAGGACCAUGUAUCCAGGUGAGGUAAUGUCCUUGAAGAUUCACAUUAUGAAUUUUAUACUUUUAUUCAUUUGGCAGAAAGGGCCCAAAUUUGGUAAUUUGGCAAUACUAGGAUUCAAACUCACAAUCUGAUCAAUAAUCCAGAGCCCCAAUGGCUGACACUCACACUCAGAUGUGCUUGUUGAACAUCCCAUUCCAGAUUUAUUCCCUCUUUGCUGUGAUAACAGCCUCCACUCUUCUGGGAAGGCUUUCCAUUUGGAGUGUGGCUGGUGGAAUUUGUGUUCAUUCAGCUACAGGAGCAUUAGUGAGGUCAGACACUGAUGUUGGUGAGGAGGUCUGUUGUUCAGUCGGUGUUCCAGUUCAUCCCAAAGGUGUUCAGUGGGGUUGAGGUCAGGGCUCUGUGCAGGACACUCGAGUUCUUCCACUCCAACCUUCACACACCAUGUCUUCAUGGAGCUCGCUUUGUGCACAGGGGCAUCGUCAUGCUGGAACAAGUUUGAGCCUCUUAGUUCCAGUUUGGGGAAAUUUUAACACUACAGCAUACAAAGACAUUCUAGACAGUUUCGUGGUUAAAACUUUGUGGCAACAGUUUGGUGAAGAACCACAUACGGGCAUGAUGGUCAGGUGUCCACAUACUUUUGGCCAUAUAGUGUAUAUUGAAGCUUAAUUUACUUAAAUUACUAGGAUUAGAGAGUGUCCACAGAUGACAUACAUUUUUUUUUUCAGAAUCAGAAAUGCACAGUUAUGUGGAAACACUGAUGAACCCGAGCAAAAUAAUGUUUGGUGCAAAGCCAUUGUAUAACAGAAAAUGAAGAGCUUAGCUUGGAAAUGGUGAGGUGAGCAACGGCUUUUUCGAUUAAUUGAUUAGAUUUGCUUUCAUUUUGGGCAUUGAAGUGAACAUCUGAGGGCGCUGUUGUACAAUGAGACGCUUUCUUCUUCACUCUGGUCACUUGAGGUAAGUUGUUUUGCAGGAGGUAGAAAAGAGCUUAAUUCAAUGACUUUUAUAGCAAAACCCUUAACUUUUAUAGUGUGUAAAUGGAAUAAUAGAAGACAUAAAACUCAGUUACAACCGUUGUUUCCUUCAUGCCUUGAAUUAACUCAAAGGAUUCAAACACUGUUGCCUUCACUCUGCCCAAGCAACUGUGCUCUAUUUUAGGCUGUAGCCUUAGUGUAACAGAGACAACUCUCUUGCUCACAUACAUACAGUCACACACAUAUACACAGUGUCCUAAGAGUUAGUCCAAUUAUGGUCUGUGGUUUGCUUUAGCAAGUUUAAAUCAUGCGCCUCUGAUGGUAAGUGUCCCGGCUCAGGUUGCUGUCUGUCCCUCUCUGGAUCAACUGUCUGUCUUUAUGUGGGAAUAGACAUGAAAGCAGGAUUUAUUUAUUUAUUUAUUUUUGUCAGAUGUAUGGUUCAGCCUUCAUGUGGUCCUUUCUUCCCCAUUUGUGUGUAUAGGACAUGAGCUUUACAGGAGCAAUAUGUUAUUGUAAACUGCUCCCUGUAAGGUAAAUUAGAAAUUUGACUAAUUUUUUUUUCUUUUUUAAUACAAUAUAUAGUUCUAAAACUACCAGCUUUCCUGGCAAACUGGAAAUUAUGUUUUUUAUUGUUAGCAUGCGUCUCAAACACAUGUACUCCCUAAAUUGAAAAUUUACAUCACUGCCAGUAUCUGGUUACAAACUGAAAUGAUUAGGUUUAUAUCCAUUUUGCUACAGCUAUACAACAUCUUGAUCAACACAAGACAUUUACCAUGUGAGAAAAGCACACUUAGCUAGCAAGGUUUUAGACAUCUUUAGGCAGAUUGUCUUACCACUGCAUUUGUAGAAAUGGGCUCCAUAGCUUAGAUAGCAAGGUUAAAAAGUAAAUAAAACAUUUAGGCAGAAAAACCCAAAACCU